ACAAAAUUCACCAAAACAAUAAACUCUAAAAUCCCUAAUUUCCUCUCCGAACAGUGCCAACCUUUUCCUCUCUGAACACCUCUGCCACCGACCGCCGUCGUCGUUCCUUGUCCUAUCUACACCCUUCUUCUGAUUCCUAGCGGCACCAUCCACCAAGGCGCAGAAAGAAGGCCUUGGCGGGUAAACUUAUUCCCAAAAUCCAUUACUCCCCUGUUUUCCUCAUGUCCCACAACCCUUUACUCUGAUUAUGCCACUUCCAUCCUAAAGGAACACUACAAUUGAAAGAAGCUCCCUCCAUUGCCCCGUCAACUUCAAUGCUUCUUUCAUUAUUGGGUUUGAUUUUAUUGUUUGUGUGGCAUCCUAAUCCAAUAGGAAAUGGGCUGCCUGAUGAUGCGAUGGUGGAAGCGGCCGGCGGCUACUGCCUCGUGCCAAUAGGAAGAAUGUAGGGCAGCCCCUGGUCUAGUUACCCUCAUUCGUUUAACAUGGUGGCGGGCAGCAGAGUCACGGUCGACGAUGGUGGAUGAAUUGUGUUUGUUAUGAUGAAGAUUAUUUUUUAUAUUUUUAACCAUAAAAAAUAAGGACAAAAAAGAGAAGUGUAAAAUCAUAAUUUUAACUUGUACAUUAGAGCGAUUAUAUAAAAGGUAGGGCUACAAUUAACAACCCCAUAUAUUAACCCUGUGAAGUUAGUUGCUCAUAUAGAUUUGGGUGCUGGAACCCGCAAUUAAUAGAAAUUCACAUACAAAUUUUGAUAUUAACUUAAAUAUAUUUGAAUAAAAUAAUAUUUAAUUAAAAAUAUAUGACUCUCUCGACAUACUCUCGAUAUAAAAUCACUAUAAAUCACACUCUCUUGUUCUCGCUCCCGCUCCCGCUCCAUGAACUAUUUACCGAAUGCAUAACCACCCUUUCCUGCAACUUAUUUUUGUGUCAACGGUCAAUCGACAAAGAAUAUUUCUUUUCAUGUUUUCUCUUUUUAAUUUACGCGGGAGUCGGCAAUCAAUUGCUUUGGUGUCACGUUUGUCUGCCCGAGAAGCAAAGUAAAGGAAAACCUCUUGCCCAGGCCUGGGUGGUGGGCUCGCUGUCGCUGUUCGGUUCAAAAGAAUAAAAACCAAGUUCCAAGCAGGUAAAAAGUGGGUGAAAAACAGUUGACUGCCCCGCAGCGCUUCCCUUUCCUGACUCCGUCCGUCUCCUCAAUUUUCUCCCUUAUUAACAACUCCCGUUGUCCCAUUCUCUCAAGCUUAUCAUCGUCCUCUUCCUCCAACCGCCGGCCGCGUUCCUCCGCAGCAGUCUGCAAUGGUUAAAGGCCCUCCUCCUCCGCAUUCGGAGAUUCAGAUCAGGACCAAUUCGCGGCGGGGGAACGGCGCGAUACACCCCGUGAAUUCAGACUCGGCGGCUGCUGCUGCUCAACCAGCUCAUCAGCCCCAAAGUUACACGGAAGUGAAGCAUUUCAAGAAAUGGGUCACUUGGCUAAUCCCUUGUUUCGUGGUCGCCAAUAUUGUUAUGUUCAUCAUCACUAUGUACGUCAACAAUUGCCCCAAAAACUCCGUCUCCGACUCUUGCGUCGCGCGCUUCCUGGGUAGGUUCUCAUUUCAGCCCUUCAAGGAGAAUCCUCUCCUCGGUCCUUCCUCCGCCACGCUGCAGAAGAUGGGGGCUCUGGAUGUAAACAAAGUGGUGAAACAACACCAGGGAUGGCGUCUACUCAGUUGCAAUUGGUUACAUGGAGGGCUUUUCCAUGUGUUGGCCAAUAUGUUGAGUCUUUUAGUUAUCGGCAUUCGUUUGGAACAGGAGUUCGGAUUUGUAAAGAUUGGGUUGCUAUAUGUGAUCUCUGGAUUUGGUGGAAGUUUGUUAUCGGCCCUUUUCAUCCAAGGGAACAUCUCAGUGGGUGCUUCCGGUGCGCUAUUUGGGCUGCUUGGAGCUAUGCUUUCUGAACUCAUCACUAAUUGGUCAAUCUAUGCCAAUAAGGUUGCAGCUUUCAUCACACUCGUGCUCAUCAUUGUAAUAAAUUUAGCAGUUGGAAUUCUGCCUCAUGUUGAUAACUUCGCCCAUCUUGGAGGAUUUAUUACCGGUUUUCUCCUCGGAUUUGUGUUUUUGAUUCGGCCCCAAUACGGAUGGUUUAACCAAAGAUAUUCGCCACCUGGGUUUGCUCCUGGCAGGCCGAAAUCAAAGUUCAAGACAUAUCAGUGCAUAUUGUGGAUCGGGUCUCUCAUCUUGGUAGUUGCAGGAUUGGCUGUUGGCCUUGCUGCACUUCUCCGUGGAGUUGAUGCAAACAAACAUUGUUCAUGGUGCCAUUAUCUGUCUUGUGUUCCUACUGGUAGGUGGAGCUGCAAGACACAGCCUGCAUUUUGCUCGUCCAUCCAAUCGGGAACCCAGCUGAACUUAACAUGCUCGAGCAAUGGGAAAUCGGGAGUUUACUUAUUACCUGAUGCGAGUAGUUCUCAGAUACAGGGGUUGUGCCAACAGCUUUGUGGUUGAUCUUGGCUCCACUCCAAUUGUUGGGUUGGAUAGAGCCAAUUUUGUUUGUAUAAACUAAAUGAUACGGGGAAGAUAGCGGGGUUCAAUUUAUCGUGCUUUGUAAAUGCCUGAAUCCAUUGUUUAUGAUCUUGCUACUAACAGUCUGUAACAGAUAUCACUGAUUAAUAGACUGUAGACUUUUUACAAAAAAAAAAAAAAAACCAUCAGCAAGCCUUAUUUGUUGUAGAUUAUAGUGUAAAUUUGGUUCAUAAACAUCUAACCCCCCCGAGGGGGCAAAAAUGAAUGGUGGAACGUGGAAGGGUGCCCAGCCGAAUCAACUCGACCCGUAACUUGAGUGCAACUUGAAUUGAUUAAAAGUCCACGACCCGCAACUCGCUCGACUUGUAACCCGACUGAUCCGCAACACGAUCAACCUGCAACUCGACUGAUUCUGACCCGAAUCUAAUUGACCCGCAAUCCAGUUAAAUCCUUAUUGACCCAAAUCUGACUAACUCGAACUCACUCCAUUGACCUAAGUAAUUAUUAUAUUCUUAUAUAAUCUACAGUCUUUCAAACUUAAUUUUUUCCUUCUAAAUCUAACUAAAACAAUUUUUCAUUUCAUAAAGGAAAGUUCAAAAUCUAAAAAUAUUUUUUUAUCACAAAAGCUAAAUAAGAAAUUCACUUGACAUUAAUUUCUUUAAAAAACUACAAAAAAUCAAAUAAGGCAUAUACAAUCAGCACAACGUCAAUAUUGAUAAUGAAUAAUAAUUAAUUGACACGAUGUAUAACAUUAAUAUAGUAAUAUUCAUUAAAAAAUUGGUUAACUUAUAGAAAUAUAGUAAAGUAAUGUAUUUGAUACUUUGAUUAUUUUAAAAGAAUGGCAAUUUUUGGUCUUUUCAGCCUUUUUGUAAGAGAAAGUAGAGCGAAAUUUGUAUUUUUUUCUUCUUCCAAUUUUUAGGAAAAUAAAGAAGAAAGAAGUUUGUGUGUUUCAACUUUUUGGGAAAGAAAAGAAAGGAAAAUUUUUGGUGUUUUCAUUUUUUGGAAGGGAAAGAAGAGGGAAACUUGAAUGCUUUUAUUUUAAGACUAAUUCCGCUAGAAAGCCCAAACUAUUCAGAAAGUGUCGUUUGUCUUCUAAACUAUUCAAUAUGCAAAUCUGGUACGAUCUAUUUUUUCGUUAAUGUUGAUCGGCAUUGACCGUUAGUAUUUAACAGAAAAUUUAGUCACCAUCUAUAUGAUUUGUGCCAGAUUUGUCAUAUUGAAUAUUUUAUGACACAAAUAUCACGAAACACAUAGUUUGUGCCAAAUUUGUCAUAUUUAAUAGUUUAGUACACAAAUGACACUUUUAGGAUAGUUUGGGCUUCCUAGUGGAAUUAGCCAUUUAAUUUAUGCUAAGAGAUAGUGACUAAGACAUUGUCUUUAGUAAACUUGAGAGCAUAUAAUGAAUUAUCUUAUGUGAAUAAAGUCAUUCGAACAAAUAAGGGCUUGGCCUAGUGGUAAUACCACUAGUCUAGAACAAUGAGGUUUCAAGUUCGAAUCCCUUAACUAUUACCUUAAUCACAAAAAAAGUAAAAACCUAUAUCACCCUUUAUAAAAAAAAAGUUAUUCG